AUGCCCGAAUCUCCAAAGAUCGACUCACAAAAUGAGGAUGCUAUUGAUGUAGUUAGCUCUGGCACGCAUAUAAGCUCUGAUAUAUCAAAAACCAUGAACACUGUUCAUGAUCAGGAGCCAAAGAAGCAGAGCUUCAAGUUUUCAACUUAUAUGCCCAAGA